GUGACGGGUGCUGGGUCACAUGACAGGGGCGCGGGUCGGGGCCGGGGCCGCUACUGCUCGGGGUGGGAGUCGGACGUGGAGGGGAAGUGAUCAUGAGUUUUCUUGGUGGCUUUUUUGGUCCUGUUUGUGAAAUUGAUGUUAUACUUAAUGAUGCAGAAACACGAAAAACAGCAGAAAUCAAAACUGAAGAUGGUAAAGUAGAAAAACAUUAUCUUUUCUACGAUGGAGAAUCUGUUUCAGGAAAGGUGAACAUGUGCUUUAAACAGCAUGGGAAGAGGCUAGAACACCAAGGAAUUAGAAUUGAAUUUGUAGGACAAAUUGAACUCUUCAAUGACAAGAGCAAUACACAUGAAUUUGUAAACCUAGUGAAAGAAUUGGCCUUACCUGGAGAACUGACACAGAGCAGAAGUUAUGACUUUGAGUUUAUGCAAGUUGAGAAGCCAUAUGAAUCCUACAUUGGUGCCAAUGUCAGAUUGAGGUACUUUCUUAAAGUGACAAUAGUAAGAAGACUGUCAGACUUGGUAAAAGAGUAUGACCUUAUUGUUCACCAACUUGCUACAUAUCCAGAUGUUAACAACUCUAUUAAAAUGGAAGUAGGCAUUGAAGACUGCCUGCAUAUAGAAUUUGAAUACAACAAGUCAAAGUAUCACUUAAAGGAUGUGAUUGUUGGAAAAAUUUAUUUCCUCUUAGUCAGGAUAAAAAUUCAACACAUGGAAUUGCAGCUGAUUAAGAAAGAAAUCACUGGAAUUGGACCCAGUACCACAACAGAGACUGAAACCAUUGCGAAGUAUGAAAUCAUGGAUGGUGCACCCGUUAAAGGUGAAUCAAUUCCUAUAAGACUCUUCUUGGCAGGCUAUGACCCAACUCCUACAAUGAGGGAUGUGAACAAAAAAUUUUCUGUGAGAUACUUUUUGAAUCUAGUGCUUGUAGAUGAAGAAGACAGACGAUACUUCAAACAACAGGAAAUAAUUCUGUGGAGAAAAGCACCUGAGAAACUGAGGAAACAACGAACUAACUUUCACCAGAGAUUUGAAUCUCCAGAAUCGCAAGCAUCUGCUGAGCAGCCUGAAAUGUGAACUGGUGUAAGGUGAAGAACAUUUGUGACACUUCAGCAGGUUAAAGAUGGUGGCAGCCUGUAGGAAAAGAAGGCCAAAAUUCCCAUUACAAUUGUCUUCCUUCAUCUUACAGUGCUGCAUUUACCAUAAUACUAAAGCAUUCUUCAGUUAAACAUUCAAGUAUGUAUAUACCUUCAAAAUAAAAGUGCUUUCUCAAACACUGGAACUUUCUUAAGCUACUAUUUUAUACUGCACAUUUUAUUAUUUGAUAAUGUUAUGCACUUGGAUAUGCAUAAAGCUUAAGCUAGUAACUUCCAUGCAUGUAGGCUGGUGUAUUUAAUUUUUGCUUGUCACUUAUGAGGUAUUGACUAAAGUGUUUUUUUUUUCCCCCCUCCCAUGUCACUUACUGCACGCAUACCUCCAGUGUUGCUUAUCUGCCUCUGUCUUAAAACUAACAGAUAAGUACACUUGUUUCAAUUACACUAAAAAUUCAGGAUUUAUGAUGGACCUUUUUUGUUCAAAAAAUAUUUAAAGUAGUCUAGAUCAUAUACACAUUGCAAACAUAAUCUGUGUGGAGGCUUCUGAGAUCAUGCCAUGGUUCUUGGAGGCUUUGAAUAUCAUAUCUUUAACAGGAAUAUUAAUAUACACUGUUCCCAAGAGGAGCCUUUCAAGUGUUUGAUUUCAUUCUAGCACAUUUUUCUUAAAAUUUCCAUGCUAGCAAUGGUCUGCUCACAGAUUCAAUGAUCACUGCUAAUUAGUUAAUGACAGGGCUGUUCUUUGUCUCCCUGUUGCUUUUUCACUCAGAGAUGAUAGAUGGAUGGAAGUGUUUUAAACAUCCCUGUCACUUUAAUCAUUGAAACAGAAAAAAGAGUGGAUGCUUCCACAUAGUGGAAAACUUUCCGGCUGUGAAAACAAACACAACCUGUCUACUCCCUCCUGUUCCAAGUUGAAAGACAUCUUACAGUAGGUACAUGAGUAGUGCUAGGUACACCCAGAACCACUGUGUGCAUGCCUGAAAUUGAGAACCUGACAGCAGUGAUGGGUGUACGCCAAAAAAUGGCUUUCUGAUUGAUAUCUUUUGGUAUUUGGUACAUCUGGAACAGCAGCAAGUGGCAGGGCAUGUUUUCGUGGCAGUGCUGCUUAGCCCCAUUUUUUCUUGGUGUCGGCGUGUUCAGUGUAGUGAUCUCAAAGCUAUAAAAAGUUACAUGCAGAGCUUACCUAGUUCGUGGAUGUGUACAUCAAGCCUCACUUUCACUGCCUACUCCCUUGCUGUUCUGAAGGAGGAGGAAAAAUAACAGACUUUCAAAUAACAUUUUCAUUUUAGUCCUUUUAAGUCUGUUAUGAUGUGGGGGUGGGGAUGAGCUGCUUUCAAGGAAAACUUGUUUUUGGUUUCUCUUCGUUUUUAGUUGUGCUCCAAAAAGUUAACUUGUCAAAACAGAUCACUGAAUCUUUUUUUUUGUGCAUUUGAGUCUGAACAAACUGCUUGAACAAAAUAGCCUCAAUCUGUUCACAAUUGAGCAUGUAGUUUGUUAUCAGACAUGUGACUAGGGCACAAAAUGAAGCCUGCUGUAUGGAAGACUGUGCGCUUGUAGUUCACUUGGCCUAUAAACCAAGACUCUUUCUAAACUUCAGUGCAAGUGUCAUUGGUAACCUUACUUUAUGAGUAAGCAAAGUAAUUGAAUUACAUUUCUGUAAGAACUGUUUUCCUACUUGGCACUUUGAUAAAGCAGACAAAAGAUUCUCUUUACUUUGUGCAAGGGUAUUUCUCUUAAAUGUGGAUGUCUUUUGAAUGAGAGCAAAUUUAACUCCCUCAUGUAAGUGCCUGUUCAGAAAUGAAAAAGCCAAAUAUUUUCAUGGUCACUUGCAUGUUGUAAUCUGGAAAAUAUUCCAAGAGAUUUUGAAAACUGAUUGUAUUUAACCAGCCUCAGAUUGUGCAACUGUGUAUAAUAACUGAGAAACAUACUGAGCCGCUGUUUGAAUUAUUAAAAUAGCUGUAUUCUCACU